AUGCUUUCUAGUAUAAGACCGGGUACCGUGGUUCUAUCUCGUACUUUCAAGCAGAGCUUGGCUAGCUAUAGGGGUGUUACUGCUGUUAGUUUGUAUUCUACAAAUAAUUCUGCACAAAAGUCCGAUUCAACCAAAGAAACCACAUCCACUGAAAAGGGCAAAAGCGUUGCACCAGAAGACGUUAGAACUAAGAGACGUGAAUUAUCCAGUUCCAAGUACGAAUCUGCAUCAUAUCAACUUCCAAAAUGGAAAGAAGCUCUUGGUGAAUUUGUUAUUAGUACGCUUAAUUUGGAUAUGGAUAAAGUUAGAGCCGGUCCAAUUGCUGGUUCAUACUAUUACUCGAUCUGUAAAGAACAAGGUCUUCAAUAUGAGGAUGAACCACUUUCUAAGACAGCCAAGUUCUUUUACGAGGAUUUGAAGUUGCCAAAGACAUUCUCCCAAUGGUACCAAAUUACUAUCCUACAUGAAUGGAUGUUAUUCGUGAGAAUGAGAGCUAUGCCGUUCAAAUACGGCAAGAAUUAUCAGCAGAAGUUGGUGGAUAGAACAUUUGCCGAUAUCGAAAAGAGAUUGUAUGACGAAAUGAACGUACAUUCCGGUAGAAUAACAGAUCAAUAUCUAAAAGAUUUCAAUUCUCAACUUCGCGGUGCUGUAUUUGCUUACGAUGAAGGUUUCUUCUCCGGAGAUGCCGCUCUUGCGUCAGCUAUCUGGAGAAAUUUGUUCGGUGGUAAGAAAAAUAUUGAUAUGGUGCACUUGGAAGCCAUGGUAAGAUACGUUCGUGCCCAACUAUACGUCUUAAGCAAACUUUCAGAUAGGGAAUUUGCCAUGGGUGAAUUUAAGUUUGUUCCUCCAGACGAAUCAGUAGAAAUUUUAACACCAGAACAAGAGAAGUCCUUGAAAGAAAAGGUUGUCGCCAAGUAUGAAGCUGUUGAUGCUAAUCCAAACGCUCUACCCAGUGAAAAAAGUAAGUUUUCCUACACCAACUAG